CAGCAUUGACAAGCAAGAAUUAGUGCCGCAAGGUGAUUGUGCACCCACUGAGAGACUUUGGAGAUUCUUAUUUGUUUGGAUGAAUUUUAAGUAAAUUCGUGAAUAACGCCAUUUCCGAUUUUGCAUUUUCCUAGAACCAAACGUUAUCAUUUUUAAGAUAUCAUAUUCACCACAGAAAUGGAGAACGACGGGCGUCUCGUUAAGAUGGAAGUCGACUACAGUUCGACGUGUGAUGAGGUGAUUCCAGCCGCCAAGCAGCUAUCAAAGGACAGCGACCAGUUUCAUGCCGGUCUUGAGAUGCUUCUGCAGCUGGAAAAACAGACGCGCCUGGGCGCAGAUAUGGUUUCUUGCUCUCGCGUGCUCGUUGCAAUUGUUCAAAUCUGCUUCGAGGCUGGCCAAUGGAAUACCCUCAACGAAUACAUUGCAAUGCUGGUGAAACGGCGAUCACAGCUCAAGCAAGCUGUUAGCAAAAUGAUCCAAGAAUGCAUUACGUACGUCGACAAGACCCCCGACAAAGAGACAAAGCUGAAACUGAUAGAUACAUUGCGAUCCGUAACGGAAGGAAAGAUCUAUGUCGAAGUCGAGCGGGCGCGACUUACAAAAAUGUUGGCGACAAUUAAAGAGGCAGAUGGGGAUAUUGCGGGCGCGGCUAGCAUUAUGGAGGAGUUGCAAGUGGAGACGUACGGAUCGAUGGACAAACGAGAAAAGGUUGAAUUAAUUCUCGAACAAAUGCGGCUUUGUCUCGCUAAACAGGACUACGUACGAACACAAAUCAUUUCAAAGAAGAUCAACAUAAAAUUCUUUGAUGAUCCCGACCAGCAAGAUUUGAAGUUCAAAUACUACGGUUUGAUGAUACGACUCGACCAGGACUCGUCAUUUUUAAAAACCUCCCGCCAUUUCCAAGCCGUAGUCGAUUCGGAUGUUAUCAGCGGAUCACCGGACCGUCGACAAAAAAUGAUGACCUAUGCAGUUCUCUACAACAUUUUGGCACCUUAUGACAACGAGCAACAGGACAUGAUGCUCAAUUUAUCGAAAAACAAAAUGCUCGAUGAGAUCUCAACGUAUAAAGAAAUUCUACGGCUAUUUAUGUGUAAGGAACUCAUCAAUUUCGAAACAUUCGAGUCGACAUUCGGCAAAGAGUUGCUGCAAUUUGAUGUUUUCAAUCAGGAAACAGCUCAUGGCAAGAAAUGUUGGGUAGAACUUAAGAAUCGUUUGAUUGAGCAUAAUAUCCGAAUCAUUGCAAACUACUACACGAGGAUCCACCUGAAACGUAUGAGUGAACUUCUUGAUUUGCCCGUCGGUCCGUGCGAGGAAUACUUGAGCAAACUCUCCAAUGCUGGAACAAUAAGAGUGAAGAUCGAUCGUCCGUCGGAAAUCGUGUAUUUCACAACCAAGAAAAAUGCUUCGGAUGUACUGAAUGAAUGGUCACACGACAUCAAUGAGCUGAUGAAUCUUAUUAACAAGACAUGUCACCUGAUCAAUAAGGAGGAGUGUAUUAAUAGCGUCAUAACGGCUUGAGCAUGUAAUUAUCGCUUUUUCGUAUAUACGCAUAUUUAUUGCACAAUACAGUGCGUUAAGAUAUGAUAGGGACGCCAGAAUUUUUGAAUGUAAACCUUGAAUAAACCACCCAAUACGAAAUUUUCGUAAA